UUCAAAACGGGCAAGUAGUAGCAACCUCAAAUGUGAGUCAGGUAUACAAGAACUCAAACAGAGCCUUGGGUAUUUAGACUCACAGAUAUAGAUUUAUUUGUCUUUGGGUGACACCCGUAUAUCAAAGUUCAGAUGCUCAUGCAAGAUAAAAUUUUAUUUAUUUAUUAUGUGUUUAUGUAUUUAUUUUUGCUUCGCACAGUCAUGACCCCCAGCAUCCGGCUAAGAAGCCCUCGGCGUGUACAUUUCGGUUAGAUCCGAUUUACACAAAUUCGGUUUACGCAGGCGUGGGGCUGGCGGGUUCUGACCUGAGGCUGAGUCUAGCCGGAGCUGGGACGAACCAUCUGUGUCCGCGGAGGGGGGUGGCGGGUCAGCUCCGCGCAGAGUCAGGGCCCAGACGGCUGGGAUUCGGAAGCAGGCCAGCCUGGGGUCCCUUCACGCAGGGUCGCCGGGAAGGGGUGACUUUGCCAGGUUGCAGCUGGAGCUGGGGGCGGGGGGCGGCGCCGCUCGCAGGCUUCCAUCCUUCCCCUCGGCGGUGGACUCGGCUGCAAAACCGGGGGUCCCUAUUUCCCGGACCGUUUCCCACCUAGGCCGCGGCUAGGAGGUACAGCCGACCUGGGGGACCCGGGCGGCGGGUGCAGACCUCUCCGGACUUAAUUUCCGGCUCCCGGCCUCAUGGCAGACAAGAAACUGGUGGUCGUGUUUGGAGCCACAGGUGCCCAGGGGGGCUCAGUGGCCCGGACACUCCUGGAAGAUGGGACAUUCAGGGUCCGAGUGGUGACCCGGGACCCUGGGCAGAGGGCAGCGAAGAAGCUGAGGCUGCAAGGUGCAGAAGUAGUGCAGGGAGACCAGGAUGAUGAGGCCAGCAUGGAGCUGGCCCUGAUUGGGGCUCACGCCACCUUCAUCGUGACCAACUACUGGGAGAACUGCAGCCAGGAGCAGGAGGUCAAGCAGGGAAAGCUGCUGGCCGAUCUGGCGAAGCGCCUGGGCCUGCACUAUGUGGUCUACAGUGGCCUGGAGAACAUCAAGAAGCUGACAGCAGGGAGACUGGCAGCAGGACACUUUGACGGCAAAGGGGAGGUGGAGGAAUAUUUCCGGGACAUUGGCGUCCCCAUGACCAGCGUGCGGCUGCCCUGUUAUUUCGAGAACCUCCUCUCCUGCUUCCUGCCCCAGAAAGCCCCAGAUGGAAAGAGCUACUUGCUGAGCUUGCCCAUGGGUGACGUGCCCAUGGACGGCAUGUCUGUGUCCGACCUGGGCCCCGUGGUGCUCAGCCUGCUGAAGAUGCCCGAAGACUACAUCGGCCAGAACAUCGGGCUCAGCACCUGCAGGCACACGGUGGAGGAGUAUGCUGCCUUGCUCUCCAGGCAUACCAGGAAGACCGUGCGAGAUGCCAAGAUAAGCCCCGAGGACUACGAGAAGCUUGGCUUCCCCGGCGCCCAGGACCUGGCCAAUAUGUUCCGUUUCUAUGCCCUGAAACCUGACCGCAACAUCGAACUGAGCCUGAGGCUCAACCCCAAGGCCAGGACGCUGGACCAGUGGCUGGAGCAGCACAAAGGGGACUUUGCAGGACUGUGACCCUGCCCACCUCUCAACCCCAUCUGGGGGGAUGGGAGGUAUAGUCACAGUGAUCCUUUCUUGUGUUACAAGAAAGUUUAUUUUUUAAAUAAAGGCCAUUGUUCUCACA